AUGUCUACCGACAAGAUUACUUUUUUGACAAACUGGCACGCCACCCCGUACCACGCCCCCCUCUACCUCGCCCAGGCCAGAGGCUACUUCAAGGAUGAAGGUCUCAAGGUCGCUCUCCUCGAGCCCAAUGACCCCUCCGACGUCACCGAGAUUGUCGGAAGCGGCAAGGUCGACAUGGGCUUCAAGGCCAUGAUUCACACCCUGGCGGCCAAGGCCCGCGACUUCCCCGUGACCUCCAUCGGCUCCCUCCUCGACGAGCCCUUCACUGGAGUCGUGUACCUGAAGUCCAGCGGAAUCACCGAGGACUUCCGCUCGCUGAAAGGCAAGCGCAUCGGCUACGUCGGCGAGUUCGGCAAGAUCCAAAUCGACGAACUCACCAAGUACUACGGCAUGACCGCCGAUGACUACACCGCCGUCCGCUGCGGAAUGAACAUAACCAAAGCCAUCAUCAACGGCACCAUCGACGCCGGAAUCGGUCUCGAGAACGUGCAAAUGGUCGAGCUCGAAGAAUGGCUCGCAGGCCAAAACCGACCUCGCACCGACGUGCAAAUGCUCCGCAUCGACCAGCUCGCCGAACUCGGCUGCUGCUGCUUCUGCUCGAUCCUUUACAUCGCGAACGACGCCUUUAUCGCCGCGAACCCAGAGAAGGUUUCUGCCUUCAUGCGUGCCGUGAAGCGCGCCACCGACGAUGUCCUCGCUGACCCUGCGGCCGCGUAUGCGGAGUACAUUGACGUCAAGCCGAUCAUGGGCACUGAUGUUAACCGUAAGAUCUUUGAGAGAUCUUUUGCGUACUUCUCGCGCGAUUUGAAGAAUGUUCAGCGUGAUUGGACUAAGGUUACCAACUAUGGAAAGAGAUUGGGGAUUUUGAAGGAGGAUUUCGUGGCUAAUUAUACCAACGAGUUCCUUUCUUGGGGUCUUGAUGCUGAUUCUACUGAUCCUAUUGGUGAUCAGAAGCGUAUGGCCGCGCUGCAGCAGGAGGUUGCUGCCGAUGGUGGCUUUAAGCGUCUUGAGGUUAAGGCUUCCGCUUAG